AUGACGGAGAAUACGUCCGCCCCCACUAGCAAACGGAUCGAGACAGAGACAGAGACCUCUCGAUCCUUGUCGUCAACAGCGGCAUCUGCAUCGGCGCCUGAAUCGAAUCUCCGCGUGACGAGUGAACGGGCAAACAUUGACCCCACGUCGGUCUCUACCGAACAGUCACAGUCUGGAAGCUACCUAGGCCGAGCAGAAUACCUGGUCCCCAUCGACGAAGAAGACGCAAAGAAAUACGCAAACGACGACCGCGAAGUCAUCGCCCCCGAAAUCGACCUCAAGCUUCUCGAGGCCCUGCGUGUUUUUGAGCUUCCAACACGAUCAAUUCGAGACAGUCUGGUGUCCGAUUUCAUGCAAAGAUGUCGGCCUUGGAUGCCCAUCGUCGACUUGGCAGAUCUACAGAAGGUUGGUGGUCGAGAGCCGUCUACCCUUCUUCUCCAAUCAGUCUUUGUCGCCGGCAGUCGUGUUUCUAUGGCGCCACAGGCCCAGUCGUUUGGCAGCACUUAUUAUCAACGCGCGAGGACCCUAUACUUUUGCCGAAUCGAGAAGGAUCCGUUGACAAUCAUCCGAGCCACCUGUAUCCUGCAGUGGUGGAACCCUCGGGGCCCAGAACACGUCUCUAUGGACGCGAGCAGUUUCUGGCUUCACAUGGGCGUGGCACUGGCUCAUCAAGUAGGCUUGCAUCGCGAGCCGAAUCCCAGGAAGGCCGAUGCCGGUCUUCGAAGGAGGCUCUGGUGGACGUUGGUUGCGCGAGACUGCCUGAUUGCCAUGAGUCAUGGACGACCGCGAGCAAUCAACGAAGAGGACUCGGAUGUUCGACCACUCUCGCUCGAAGACUUUCCGGAACCAGACUUCGAUGCCAAACUCUUCAUCGAGUACGUCAAGAUCUGUUCGAUUUUGGGUGCCUUGAUUGAGACCGCCGUCCGAGGAACUCAAGGGAAAGCGCGCCGGCUGGAACUGGAAGCCAAUCUAUCACGAUGGAUCAGAGAACUCCCGCCCGAGCUUCGAAUCUACAAUGAGGAUGCCGGGGAGCUAGCAGCCUACAAUUUCAAGGCAAGGCAACUACACGUGCCCUACUUCACUGCUUUGACGAUACUCUUCAGAUCUCCCAGUCAUGGCACCGGGCCACCACCCUCCGCGGCCGCUCUCCUGUCUUCUUCCUUUUCGGCCGGCAUCUUUGAAGAGUUUCUCUCUCGUGGAGAGAUUCCCCUCCUGGCGCCUGUCUUCACCUUUCACUUGAUGGCGGCUGCCAUUGCCCAAUUGGCCUGCUAUCCAUACCCUGCCUUGUGGACCAAGGCUCAGCCGGAAGUAGACGUGAUUGAGAAAUGCCUGGUCGAGAUGGCUCGAAGAUAUCCGACUGCCAUAGGUGCGCAGCGCGUGGUCAGCCAUCUCUCACGCGCCUUCAAGGAACAAGAAAGGCACGAUGGCCCUCUUCACUUGGCCUUCUCGACUGAUCAGAUCAAAUUCUUUCAAUGGUUUGGUCGAGAGCUCUGCAACAUCUGGGACUUGAUAUUUCCAAAAGCCGGCGACGACGGCAUCUCUGCCAUGGACCUCCGACAGAAGGUAUACAGCACCCACGAGCAGCCACGGGAGAAUUCCAACGGAGCCAACGUCCCCGUGGACGAUCCUACCGCGCAUACAUCUAUUAUCCUGCAAGACCCCAGUCAGUUCCUCAACGCAUUCUCCAUGGCACCGACAUGGAACAACGAGCACUUCCAAAACGGAGCGAUAUUCGACUCGCUGUCGCAGAUGGGGGACGAGUCGGCUGAACAGGAUGGGCUUCACUUGGCUCAACACGAUCCCGUUGGUCGGUGGAUGAUUGGUGAUUGGUCAACCAGAUUCAUGUGA